GAUCAAUGUUUGGUCCGUGCAGGGAGUUUGCUCCCACAGACCGCCAGCAUGGAUCUUUUACACCGUUCCCCAUUGGACAGUACCUCUGAUACGAGGAGUAGGGGAAAUGAGGCACAUUUUUCGCAAAAAGAACGUUUUAACCAUAUGUGCCUGAGCUAUCCGUCAUCGAGCCGCCGGCCCGACAUGCUCCUCUUUUAUUCUCCUCUAAUUUUUCACCAGUCCACUUGAUUUGCGAAAUUCAAUGGAAUAUCUUCGCUGUCAAAUGCUGCCGAUUUUUCCUCGCAACCAUUUUAUCAACAAGAAUUGGUCGACAUGGCAGGACUGCUGAGUGUUCUUGAAGCUCGACAACGUUUCUCUCGAAGGGACCGUGAGUCCAAGGACAGUUGCAGGUCAAACGAAGGCAAAGGAGUUUGCAUCAAGAACAAGAAAUGCCCAGGCAUCUCAACGAAAGGUCUAUGCCCAGAUGACGAUGACGAUGUGCAGUGUUGUCUUAUUCGUGAGUGCACCGUGCCGCAAGGCAAGGGAUAUUGCCGGAGUAAGGAGGACAAUGGUUGUCCGGGAGGCGAGUUUUUUGCUGGAACCGGGGACCCUUGGCCAUGCCCUGGUCCGAAUGACAUUCAAUGCUGUGUCAAAAAGGAAGAUAUAACUUCCGCGGAACCUAGCACUACACAAAAAACCAAAGAUUCCACGAAGACAACGACGGAGACGCGCGAGACAUCUUCAAAAAUUACUACUACAUCAGAAUCCUCCGACGAGCCAUCCACGACUUCCUCUACUUCUUCCUCCAGUUCUUCUUCUUCUUCUUCUUCUUCUUCUACUUUGACAUCCUCCUCUCUUUUUUUCUCAACGGUUACAGUGACACCAAGCCCCGCAUCCACUUCAUCCAUUCCUCAAACAAUCUCCUCAACCUCCUUGCUGCCGUCUCAGACGACCACUCAACCAGUCUCCGACUCUAACCGGAAACUAUCCAGCGCCCAACUCGGUGGUAUAGCAGUCGGUUCUAUUGCUGCUGGAUUCGCCCUUAUCCUAUUCAUAAUAUUUAUCCUUAUGCGCAUUGCUCGAGCGAGGCACAACAAGAAGAUUGCCCGAGAGGGUACAUUGUAUCAAACUCAAAUGCCAUCAGAAAUGCCCGAUUCAGGAUUUGGUUCUAACGCAAUUUCGGCUGUUGGUGCUGCAACAAUGAGAUCAAAAAACAGAACGUAUAUGAGAAUGGGCACGGAAUAUGAUAAUGAUAAACACUCGCCAGUCGGCAAUGGGGCUGGCGAAGGAUACGAAUUGGAACCAAGGCCGGCAUAUCGGCCGUUUCGGCCGCAUCAUGCCGAGGCGAUGGUUGAAUUGGACGGUUCACCAACUACAAGAGAGAAAGGUAGAAGACACUGGGAGUAG